AUGAAAUCAUACUAUGAAAUAUUAGAUGUAUCAUCAACAGCUUCUUUAGAAGAGAUAAAAACGGCCUACAGAAUGAAGCUCCUAGAAAAUCAUCCAGAUAAAACUUUAAACCCCAAAAAUCCACAAUUAAUACCAGUAAUAGUUGACGCUUACAAUACCUUAUCAAAUCCUUGUAAUAGAAAAGAAUAUGAUUCAAAGAUUUUAAACGAUGGUAAAAUUAAAGGUUAUAAUAUCGAUGGUGGUGGAUUAGACACUUAUAGUUUAGAUGAAUUUGAAUUUGAAAAUGAAUUAUUUGUGAAAUCUUGUCCACGGUGUGAACAUGUUAAUAGUUUAAUUUUAUCGGAAGAUGAUCUUGAAAAUGGAACCUCAGAUAAUAAUGGAGGAUUUGAUAUUAUUGUACAAUGUUCAAGUUGUAGCUUAUGGAUUCAGGUUAAAUAUUACGAAUCAAAUUAG